AGAAGUCAGGCUCUGCACACAUAUUAUUUAUAGCAGAUCUGAGGCGUGAUCAGUGUUUGACAUUUUCCUCUUUUUAAGUAGGGGGACUUGAAAAAGUCGUGGGCACUGCCCUCUCAUCGCCCCCACCCCCUGCCCCCGGGACAAAGUGCGGUGGGCCGGCGCCAGGGCGCGGGCAGGGGGCGACGCACCAACCACGCGAGUCCAGGCGCAGGUGCCGGGGCGGCAGCGGCCACCCCGCAGCGUCGGCUCGGGAGGAGAGUUCGCGGCUGAUCUCGGGAUGCUUUGCAGAUACACGCUGUGUCCCUGGCCAGCAGGAGGAAGGAAGAGGAAGUGAGAGCAGCGGCAGCCGGCGGCGCACAGCCGGCCGACCCGGAGUGUAAGUGCGUGUGCUCCGGCGAGCGCGAGCGGGCGAGGAUGGGCGCGGGAUAGAGGCAGACCACCCACACCGCCGCGGCCGAGCAGGGCCACAGAGCCGCCCGCCCCCCUUCAAUGGUCCCGGGUCGCCAGAGCUCUAUUCGCGGGGAACCUUCGCCGCCACAGCCGUUGUCCGGCGACCCUGGGCAGUGAACCUCGGACUUGCUGAUAAGGGAAGUGUGGACGUCGUCCCCGUUAGGACGGGUUCCCCAGUGAAUUUUGACCCCGGCUUCUGAGGGAUAGACACGUGUGGCCGCCCGCCCUGCAGGAGCCCAGGUGCACCGGCCGCGGACACUCUCCGGGUUCACAAUGCCCCCGCCCGCGGACAUCGUCAAGGUGGCCAUAGAAUGGCCGGGCGCCUACCCCAAACUCAUGGAAAUCGACCAGAAAAAACCGCUGUCUGCAAUAAUAAAGGAAGUCUGUGACGGGUGGUCCCUGGCCAACCACGAGUACUACGCCCUGCAGCAUGCUGACAGUUCCAACUUCUACAUCACGGAGAAGAAUCGCAAUGAAAUAAAAAAUGGCACUAUCCUUCGAUUAACUACAUCUCCGGCCCAGAACGCCCAGCAGCUGCACGAGCGCAUCCAGUCGUCCAGUAUGGACUCCAAGCUGGAAGCCCUGAAGGACCUGGCCAGCCUGUCCCGGGACGUCACCUUCGCCCAGGAGUUCAUCAACCUGGACGGCAUCUUCCUGCUCACGCAGAUGGUGGAGAGCGGCACUGAGCGAUACCAGAAGUUGCAGAAGAUCAUGAAGCCUUGCUUUGGAGACAUGCUGUCCUUCACCCUGACGGCCUUCGUGGAGCUGAUGGACCACGGCAUUGUGUCCUGGGACACGUUUUCGGUGGCGUUCAUUAAGAAGAUAGCGAGCUUCGUGAACAAGUCCGGCAUGGACACCUCCAUUCUGCAGCGGUCCCUGGCCAUUCUGGAGUCCAUGGUGCUCAACAGCCACGACCUCUACCAGAAGGUGGCGCAGGAGAUCACCAUCGGCCAGCUCAUUCCGCACCUGCAAGGCACGGACCAAGAAAUCCAAACCUACACCAUCGCGGUGAUCAACGCGCUCUUCCUGAAGGCCCCUGACGACAGGAGGCAGGAGAUGGCGAAUAUUCUGGCUCAGAAGCAGCUGCGGUCCAUCAUUCUCACGCACGUCAUCCGAGCUCAGCGGGCCAUCAACAACGAGAUGGCACAUCAGCUGUACGUGCUCCAGGUGCUCACCUUCAACCUCCUGGAGGACAGGAUGAUGACCAAGAUGGACCCGCAGGACCAGGCCCAGCGGGACAUCAUAUUUGAACUUCGAAGAAUUGCUUUCGACGCCGAGUCUGAGCCGAACGCCAGCAGCGGCAGCAUGGAGAAGCGCAAGUCCAUGUACACCCGGGACUAUAAGAAACUCGGCUUCAUCAACCACGUGAACCCGGCCAUGGACUUCACCCAGACCCCGCCCGGCAUGCUAGCCCUGGACAACAUGCUGUACUUCGCCAAGCAACACCAGGACGCCUACAUCCGGAUCGUGCUCGAGAACAGCAGCCGGGAGGACAAGCACGAGUGCCCCUUCGGCCGCAGCAGCAUAGAGCUGACCAAGAUGCUGUGCGAGACCCUGAAAGUGGGCGAGCUGCCCAGUGAGACCUGCAACGACUUCCACCCGAUGUUCUUCACGCACGACAGGUCCUUCGAGGAGUUCUUCUGCAUCUGCAUCCAGCUCCUGAACAAGACGUGGAAAGAGAUGAGGGCGACCUCUGAAGACUUCAACAAGGUAAUGCAGGUGGUGAAGGAGCAGGUUAUGAGAGCUCUGACGACCAAGCCUAGCUCCCUGGACCAGUUCAAGAGCAAGCUGCAGAACCUGAGCUACACCGAGAUCCUGAAAAUCCGCCAGUCCGAGAGGAUGAACCAGGAGGAUUUCCAGUCUCGCCCGAUUCUGGAGCUCAAGGAGAAGAUCCAGCCAGAAAUCUUGGAGCUGAUCAAACAGCAACGCCUGAACCGCCUGGUGGAAGGGACCUGCUUUAGGAAACUCAACUCCCGGCGAAGGCAAGACAAGUUUUGGUAUUGCCGGCUCUCCCCAAACCACAAGGUCCUGCACUACGGAGACCUGGAAGAAAGUCCUCAGGGGGAAGUACCGCACGAUUCCUUGCAGGACAAACUGCCGGUGGCAGACAUCAAAGCGGUGGUGACGGGAAAGGACUGUCCUCAUAUGAAAGAGAAAGGUGCCCUUAAACAGAACAAGGAGGUGCUCGAACUGGCCUUCUCCAUCUUGUACGACUCCAACUGCCAACUGAACUUCAUCGCUCCUGACAAGCAUGAGUACUGCAUCUGGACGGACGGGCUGAACGCGCUGCUGGGGAAGGACAUGAUGAGCGAGCUGACGCGGAACGACCUGGACACCCUGCUCAGCAUGGAGAUCAAGCUCCGCCUGCUGGACCUGGAGAACAUUCAGAUCCCCGACGCGCCCCCGCCCAUCCCCAAGGAGCCCAGCAACUACGACUUCGUCUACGACUGUAACUGAAGGGGCCGCCCCGGAGCCGCCCCUCGGGAACUGGAAACCCAGCGAGCGGGAGAGGAGAAGGAAACCACAAAACACGCCGCCGGCGCCGCCUCGGAACCCUCCUGCAGAGGGGAGCGUGUGUCAGCGCUCCCUGCGGCCUCGCCUCGCACCCCCGAGUUUCUGCCCCUGCCGCCUGACGCCUGGCUCGCCGCCCCGGUUCUGUUUCUAGACGCCGCUGCUUUAGGUCGCUUCCCGUCGUGCAGUCUACUGGUGGGACGGGGCAAGAGCAAAACCCGCCACCGGCACGAGAGCCAAAGGGCCCUCCCCGCUGCCCCCUCCCCGCUGCCCCCACCCCCCAC